AUGGGUAAAGCAAAAAAGACAAGAAAGUUCGCCGAAGUUAAGCGCAUCAUCAGCACUAAAGAUUCCAGACUGAAGGAAAACAAGGAAAAGCUGAAGAAGAAGGAAGAAGAAAAGGAAAAGGCUGUUGUUCGCCAAUUACCCCAGGUUGCCUCUUCUAUGUUUUUUCAAUACAACGCAGCCCUCGGCCCCCCUUACCAUGUAUUGGUCGAUACUAACUUUAUCAACUUUUCUAUUCAAAACAAACUGGAGUUGGUAAAGUCAAUGAUGGAUUGUCUCUAUGCAAAGUCCAUUCCAUGCAUUACCGAUUGUGUUAUGGCAGAAUUGGAGAAGCUGGGCCCCAAGUACCGCAUUGCAUUAAAGAUUGCUCGUGAUCCUCGUUUCGAGCGACUCCCAUGUUCGCACAAGGGUACCUAUGCUGAUGACUGUCUGGUUCAACGUAUCAUGCAACACAGAUGCUAUAUUGUAGCUACCUGUGAUCGUGAUUUGAAGCGUCGUAUCCGUAAGGUUCCUGGUAUUCCCAUCAUGUACAUCUCCAGCCGAAAAUACGUUAUUGAAAGACUUCCUGAGCUUGGUACAAAUGCCUUUUAG